UGUAAUGAGACCUCAAUCCUCAUUCCCCCACGCGUCACCCCAGCAGCAGAACCGCCAGCACAGCGAGGCUCCGAGUCACCGAGCACUUCAAGUUUGGUGGGAUAGCCGUCACAGGCAAGGUGAGAAGCUUUCAAGAUGGCUCUCAGAUGUUUAAAGACUCUGAAGUAUAUGCUGUUUGCAUUCAACCUGGUAUUUUGGAUCAGCGGAUGUGUCAUCAUGGGAUUGGGAAUCUACAUGCUGAGCAUGAGGACUGUCGGUGUGUUGUUCUCCAGCCUGCCGUCCCUCUCCGUGGCAAACAUUCUCAUCAUCGUGGGCUGUAUUACAAUGGUGGUGGCAUUCCUGGGCUGCACCGGCUCCAUCAAGGAAAACAAAUGCCUGCUCCUGUCGUUCUUCAUCAUACUGCUCCUGAUCCUUCUGGUUGAAGUCAUAGCUGCCAUCAUCCUCUUUUUCUAUGAGAAGCAGAUAGACAGCUACAUCGAAAAAGACAUGAAGAAGGCACUGGACGAACUUCAAACAAGAAACAACACAGAACUGUGGGAUGAAAUCCAAGAAAGAUUGAAGUGCUGUGGCGUUGUGAACUCUACCGACUGGGGCAAUAAGAUCCCCGAGUCCUGUUGUUCAGUCAAACCCUGCACCUCCAAAAACUACUUUUCCAAGGGUUGUUACGGCCUGAUCCGGGACUGGUUUGAGUCAAACUUUCUAAUUGUUGGAGUUGUUAUCAUCUGUUUGUCAAUAAUCCAGGUGCUUGGCAUGUCCUUUGCCAUGACGCUCUACUGCCACAUCUGUAACAACUACAAGUCAUACGGCGAUUAAACCUGAUGCCACCACCGCCCCCAGCGAGGAAGCCCCCACCCUCACCCUCUGCGGGCUUGUAAAUGUAUCUAUGAUUGUGGGCUCUGCUCUUCUGAUGACUUGGACUUUGUCUGUUUACCAUGCUCGCACUGACGAGGUGGUGCAUGUGGUCCACCUACACAAGGCAUGCAAUGGUCCCACCACUCCGUCAUCUCACACUCUCUCGCAGCACCUCCUCAUGGAGCCAUUCUCUGGUCAAGCAGGCUGCCUUGCCCUUUGUAAUUUUUUUUUGAGACACCUCCAGAAGCUUUGCAGUUCUACAUCACGACUUGGAUAAGCAAUGGGCAGCCCUCUCGGAACUCUCACAGAAGAGCUAACGUUGCAUGGAGUGACAGCCAUAAAACGCUAGGGGAACUCGGAAGUCAGGAGAGGAAUAAACAGUUGAAGUUUCAGGCAGAGACCCUUCAUCAGGACUUCCUCCAGCAUUCUGUGGGUGUUGCUCUGGAUUUCCAACAUCUGCAAAACCUCCUGUGUUUAUGAUUAUGUGGAAUGCGCAGCACAGAAAAAGGACCUACUAGAAUGUUUCGUCCACAAUUGUCCUUAUUUCCUUCAUCUCCCUAAAAUGUCCUCCUAUUCCUCUCUCCCUUCUAUUUCUCAAACAU